CACUGUUGUUAUUUUCUUUUUAUCUUAAAGUGAAAAUUACUGCAAGAAAGGAAAAGAUCUAAAGAGAUAAACAUUGCUCGUGAACAUUAAAAAUACAUGUUUAAUUACUUGUGCUUCAUACUUAUGGUAGAUUUAAAUAUUCUAUAUAUCUCUUCGUUGCGAUAAAAAAAUUGUAUACGUCGUAACGGGUGCUCCGUUACUUUGCCAAUAAAACCUUAUUAUGCCUCAUGAUUUAAAGGAACUGGGUGUAAGGAAAGCUAUAAUGGCUCCCUUGUCCCCGACACCCUGCGCAGAGAUCAGUGAUGAUGAACUUGUCUCCAUCUCUGUGCGAGAUCUAAACCGACAGCUUAAGAUGAGAGGAUUGACACGAGAUCAAAUUGUAAGAAUGAAACAAAGACGUAGAACUCUCAAGAACCGAGGUUAUGCAGCCUCGUGUCGUAUCAAACGAAUAGAACAGAAAGAUGAACUGGAAACGGAAAAAAGUCAAGAAUGGCAUGAUAUGGAAGCUAUGCAAGAAGAGAAUACUAGAAUCCGUGAUGAAAUAGAAGCUUUAAGAAGUAAAUAUGAUGCGUUGAAGAGAUUUGCUUUGAUGAAAAGUAUCCCUUUACCACCAGAAUUGGAAAUGUUGCCAUAAAUAUAAGGAAAAUACGAAAAAAUGCAUUUAUAUAAGGUUUGGUAGAUAAGUUAUUUACAAUAAUGAUGAGUUCAAACUUUUAAAGACACAUGUAUAUGUGCAAUUUUGUAGAUUUUUGAAUAAUUUGUUUUUGAAUGUUUUUUCGGAUUUUACCAGUACUAUAAGACAAAAUAGGGAGAUUUUUUAAUACAAUUAUAAUUAAAUAUAGUUCAGUAAAUAGAAUUUAAGUUAAUUUUGGGUGUCAAGGUUAUAU